CCUUGUGACACAAGCCAUCCUUUUCGCUGCUUACAUAUCAUGUAAUGGUGGCCUCAUAGUGAAGCCACUCUAAAGUUUCAAUGGCUUCGACGAGAGGCAUGGCUGACCCUUUAUCGCAAAAGAGCUAUUGGAGAUGGAGCAAGCAAGAUUUCUUGCCAGAAGAGUCCUUCCAAAGCUGGAACAACUAUGCUUCUGCUCUGUCACAAACAUGGUGCAGGUUCAAGGACCGCCUCAUGAGCAGAUCAGAUGCUGCUGCUGAGACUACAGAACUCAGGAGGCAAAGUGAGAAUGACAUGAAGCGUUGUCUCACUUGGUGGGACCUAAUCUGGUUCGGUUUUGGAACUGUGGUUGGUGCUGGAAUCUUUGUACUAACCGGAGAAGAAGCUCACGAUACUGUUGGGCCAGCUAUUGUGUUGUCCUAUGGUGUUUCAGGAUUCUCAGCAAUGUUAUCAGUAUUCUGCUACACAGAGUUCGCGGUCGAAGUUCCGGUAGCCGGCGGCUCUUUUGCUUACCUGAGAAUUGAGUUGGGAGAUUUUGCUGCCUUUAUAGCUGCAGGGAACAUUCUUCUUGAAAGCAUUGUUGGAACUGCCGCGGUUUCGAGAUCUUGGACUUCUUACUUCACAAGCCUUUUGAAUAAACCAGAAAACUCCCUGCGGAUCAAGACUGAUCUCAAAGACGGUUACAACUUGCUUGAUCCUAUUGCUGUUGUGGUCUUAGCAAUUACUUCAGCAAUUGCAAUCAGCAGCACAAGGAAGACCUCAUACUUCAAUUGGAUAGCAUCUGCAGUCCACACUUUAGUUAUUAUAUUUGUCAUUUUUUCUGGAAUUUUCGUUGCAGAUACAUCAAAUUUGACACCUUUUCUGCCUUUUGGUGCUAAGGGGAUAUUCCCAGCUGCCGCAAUUGUUUAUUUUGCAUAUGGGGGUUUUGAUAGCAUUGCAACAAUGGCUGAAGAAACCAAGAACCCUUCAACCGAUAUACCAAUAGGGCUUAUUGGAUCAAUGUCGAUUAUCAUAGUGAUAUAUUGCCUAAUGGCUCUUACACUCAGCAUGAUGCAGAAUUACAAAGACAUAGACACUGAUGCAGCAUUCUCUGCUGCAUUUCAGAGUGUGGGAAUGAAAUGGGCUAAGUAUGUUGUUGCUUUUGGUGCAUUGAAGGGAAUGACAACAGUUCUUCUUGUUGGGGCAUUGGGACAAGCGCGUUACACCACUCACAUUGCACGUUCUCACAUGAUCCCUCCAUGGUUUGCCCUUGUUCAUCCAAACACAGGAACACCUAUAAAUGCAACAUUGUUGAUCACAAUCUCAAGUGCUUGCAUAGCAGUUUUCUCGAGCUUGGAUGUGUUGUCAAGCUUGUUAUCAAUAAGCACACUCUUCAUCUUCAUGAUGAUGGCUGUGGCACUUUUGGUUAGGAGGUACUAUGUGAGAGGUGUGACACCAAGGGAAAACCUUUUAAAGCUAGUAGCAUUCUUGCUACUAAUAAUUUCUUCAUCAAUGGGGAUCUUAGCUUAUUGGGUCAUGAACCCUAAUGGUUGGAUUGGAUACACAAUAACUGUUCCUAUAUGGUUCUUGGCCACUCUAGGAAUGUCACUGUUUUUGACUCAGCAAAGGGUGCCGAGAGUUUGGGGAGUUCCACUUGUUCCAUGGCUGCCAUCAAUGUCAAUUGCAAUAAAUAUCUUCCUAAUGGGGUCUUUGGAUUCAUCAGCAUUCACAAGAUUUGGGGUAUGCACUGGGGUAAUGUUGAUCUACUACUUUUUCUUUGGACUCCAUGCAACUUAUGACGUGGCUCAUCAAUAAGAAAACUCCAUGCAUGGCCAUUCUCUCAUCUGUUGUAUACUAUUUGAAGAAGAAUUCCUCUCCCCAAGUAUGAAAUACUGUGUUCCAAUAUGAUGAUCAAAUUAGAAAUAAGAAAAGAUGAAAUUUGAUACUUGAUAGCUUUGUAAAGGCUUACUCAAGUCAACAGCAUAUAUGGACCUCCAUCUGUUUAGUCUUUCUAUAUGACCGACACUUUCAAAAGAAGAAUAAUAAGCUAAUUGAUAAGUUAAUACCUCUGGUUUAGCUCUAAAAUUCACGUUAAGAGUAAGUCUCAACUAUUUUUGUGGAUUUGGUGUAGGAGUAGAAAUAGGUGAAAACCUGGUGAAUUGGUUUCUAAAAAUGCUUUAUGAACACCUAAAAUUAGUCACUAGUAUUUGUGUAUAUUUAUUUGGAU